AAUGUAAACUAUAUCAUCCAGGUAUAUUCAGUCGUGGUCAGGAAGGAUCUCCAGUAGCAAUCAGUCUUCCAGGGAAUCAGAAGAGGCCUCUGAAUGAAGAGUUGCUGUAUGAACAUCUCAAUAUUCAUUCAGCAGAGAUGAUAUUCCAAGGAAACCGGGCAAAGAGAUGUUGGAGUCUGGGAUAAGAUCCUCAUUUAUGAUGGAUGGAAGAAUUCUCCUUUUCAACUCCUCUGGGAUUCUGGUCAAAGUUCAGCAGGGGGCGGUAGAGAGCCGCUGAGCCGGUUGCGCAGCGCCGCUGAGCCCGGAGAAGGAGCAGAGGAACAGAUGUUGCUGCCGUAGCCAGACAGCAGCUCGGAGAAGCGGGCAGCCGGAGGAUGGUGUCUUCAUUUUUAAUUUAUUAUUGUUGAAUUUCAACAAAAUGAAGCGGCUUUACUCAUAAUUUCGUGAGGACGGCGGCUCUGCUUGUCUCCAGGAUGAUGAGAGGGACACGUCCGGCGCUGCAGUAGAGGAGCAGUGACAUGCUGGCUUGCCUGCCGGCGUCAGGUGACUCCGCCAUCCGACUUCUUCACCGCACGCAGAUGAACACUGGACUUCAGAAAUGGGAAACCACACAGAAGAUGAGAUCUGUCACCCAUCCGACGCCUGCAGAGUUGGACGCCUAUGCUAAGAAAGUCGCCAACAAACCUUUGAGCAUCCAGAUCUUCCCAAACAGCAUCAAGGUUCCUCAGAAGAAGCACGUCCGCCGCACCGUCAACGGCCUGGACACUUCGUCGUCUGCGCAGCGCCACAGCCCGUACCCUCCGCAGCUGGCCGCCGGCGCCGGGCUCCUGGCCGUCCUCCGCGCGCCUCUCCGGGGCCUCGUCAAGCAGCCGGACGGCUGUCGCACGCGGCUGCAGCUGAAAGCCGCCAUGAACCCUCAGAGCGGCCCGUACGCCGCGCCCAGCACUUUAAACCUCCCGCACCUGGCCUCUCAGAAGCAGGGGGCGGGGCAUCCGCAGCAGAGCCUGGCACACCCGAUGGCGCUGCAGCAUCACCAGAGGAGCGUGGCUCACUCUCAGGCCCUGCAGCAGCCGCAGAGGCUGACGCAUCCGCCCGCCGUGCAGCGACAGCUGCCCCCUCAGGACGUGGCGCCCUGCGCCGCCGCCAUGCCGCAGCAGCACCUUUCUCACAUGCAGACUCUGAAGCAUCAGGCGGCUCCAGCGCAGGCUUUGGGAGCGACUCAGGAGCUGCGUCACGUCCCGGACAGCGCGGCCAUGCAGGCGGCGCCGCCGGGCCCCCCCGCCCUGCCGCCGCCGCCGUACGGCGCCCGCAAGCUGCCGGACGCUGACGCCCCGCCCAACGUGACGGUAUCUACCUCCACCAUCCCACUGUCCAUGGCGGCCAGCCUGCAGCAGGCGCGGCCCGGCGACCUGAGCAGCAUUGUGCUGCAGAUCAACCAGCUGUGCCAGGCGCGCGCCGGCAUGGGCGCCACGUCCGUCUGCGAGGGCCAGAUCGCCAACCCCAGCCCCAUCAGCCGCAACCAGCUCAUCAGCGCCAGCUCCAGGGUUUCCCAGCAUGCCUCGGGGGCCGGUGGCGUCUCCAGCUGCCUGCUGAUGGACAAGCCGGCCGCUCCGGCUCCCGCUGCGGCCGGCAGCAACAACAACAUGGCUGCUUUUCACCCGGACAGCGACAAGCAGCUGCAGCAGCACCUGCUGCAGCAGAAGCAGCAGCAGCAUCUGCAGCAGCAGCUGCAGCAGCAACGUUCUUGGGCGCAGCACCAGCUGGCCCACAUGCAGCAGCCGCCGGAGGGAGCGCACCCCUGCAAAAAUCCACGGCUGGAUCCGGCGGUCGAGUGCGCCUUCCCCUCCCACAGCCUGAGCUACGGCCACAAGCCGCCCGCCGCCGCGCUCGGCUUCCCGCUGAAGCACGCCGCCGACAAAACGCUGCCCCCCUCCUCCGCCACCAACUGCUCCUACCUGAACGGCCACUACCUGCAGCCGGCGUGGGGCGCCGUCCCGGCCGCCGCCGGGAACAACGGGAACAUUCCUCAGGACCUGCCGGUGGGCUUUCAGGGCGGACACCCCGCCGCAGAGCGCAUCCCGGGAGCCAAGUACCGGCCGGGGAAGGACGGCUCCGCCGGCCAGCCCAAGCUGCUGCAGCACAGCAUGGAUUUCCUCGGCGAGGAUUUCCAGAUCCCCGGCAUGCAGGAGCAGAGCGUGGAAAUGAUGCAUAAGAUGCACCGGGGCGGCGGCGGCGGCCAUCAUCACCAAGGUUACCAUUAGACUCCACAUCGGCCCGUUUGUUCCCUACAGCACUUCAACCUGCUGAGCAGAGCUGGGUGAUAAAAAUUGCUUUCUUCUCUAAAAAAGAAAAUACAAAAAUAUUUUCUUAAGUGCCCUGCGACACACUGGUGACCUGUC